AUGACAACGGUAUCAGAAUUCCUCAAGCAGGCCUAUUUUAUUGAUAAUCAAGAGCAGGAAUACAUUAACACUGUGAAGACAUCCAAAGGGGGCCCAGGCUCAGCAGUGAGCCCCUACCCCACCUUCAAUCCAUCCUCGGAUGUUGCUGCUUUGCACAAAGCCAUAACGGUUAAAGGUGUGGAUGAAGCAACCAUCAUUGACAUUUUAACUAAGAGAAACAAUCAGCAACGCCAGCAAAUCAAGGCUGCAUAUCUCCAGGAAACAGGAAAGCCACUAGAUGAAAUGCUGAAGAAAGCCCUCACUGGCCACCUGGAGGAAGUUGUCUUGGCUCUGCUGAAAACUCCAGCCCAGCUUGAUGCGGAUAACCUCCGUGCUGCCAUGAAGGGUCUGGGAACAGAUGAGGACACGCUGAUUGAAAUUUUGGCAACAAGAAAUAACAGAGAAAUGAGAGAAAUUAACAGAGUCUACAGAGAAGAACUGAAGAGAGAUCUGGCCAAAGACAUCACUUCAGACACCUCUGGUGAUUUUCAGAAGGCUUUGCUUGCUCUUGCCAAGGGUGACCGAUCUGAGGAUCUUGGUGUGAAUGAAGACUUAGCUGACUCAGAUGCCAGGGCCUUAUAUGAAGCAGGAGAAAAAAGAAAGGGGACAGAUGUGAACGUAUUCACUACCAUUCUUACCACACGGAGCUAUUCCCAGCUUCGCAGAAUGUUUCAGAGGUAUGCCAAGUACAGUCAGCAUGACAUGAACAAGGUUCUCGAUCUGGAGAUGAAAGGGGACAUUGAGAAAUGCCUCACAGCUAUUGUGAAGUGUGCUACAAGCAAACCAGCUUUCUUUGCUGAGAAACUUCAUAAGGCCAUGCAGGGGGCAGGAACUCGUCAUAAGGAUUUGAUCAGGAUUAUGGUUUCCCGUUCUGAAAUUGAUAUGAAUGAUAUCAAAGCAUACUAUCAAAAGAUGUAUGGUAUCUCUCUUUGCCAAGCCAUCUUGGAUGAAACCAAAGGAGAUUAUGAAAAAAUCCUUGUGGCUCUCUGUGGAGGAAACUAA